GGAGGAGAGAAACGCUUUGGUCUUCCAGGGAGAAACGGACACGUGGACUGUAACAGCCGAAGACGAGUAAAUUGGCGUCGAUCGGUUUCUGUCAACCCGCAUUUAACCACGCACAGUAAACAAAUAAAUUACGGAUUUAUGACGAUGUGAAAAUUCACAAUAUCCAAUGCUGCACUUCUAGAGAGAGAGAGAGAGAGAGAGAGUGGUACUGGUUCUGAAGUUCUGUAGCUCUGUAGCUCUCUACAGAUCAAAAGCAAAGAAGAAGGGUAAGACCAAGAGGAGCCAUUCUUUGCUUUUCCUUUCAUUCCUCUAAACAACACCGACACUCACUUCAGGUUUAUGCUGCUGUUUCAAGCACUAUAGAAACUGUACUUUUUAGUAGCAAGUGAUCUCAAUCGGUGUUUACACAAAAUGUAUGGGGAUUGCCAAGUAAUGUCAACCAUGGGAGGCGGGAACGUAGUCAACUCUGAAACCCUCUUUUCCUCGCCGAUCCAAAACCCUAACUUCAACUUCAUGCCUUUCCAGCCUUUCUCUUCCAUCCUUCCGAAGGAAGAAACUGGGCUUAUGACUAGAGGAAAGGAAGAGAUGAUGGAGAGUGGGUCUGGGAGUGAACAUGCUGAAGAAAAGUACUCCGGCAACGAACAAGAGACCGAAGAACAACUGCAACAACAGCCUCCCAAAAAGAAACGCUACCAUCGCCAUACCGCUCACCAGAUCCAGGAAAUGGAAAAUUUAUUUAAGGAGUGUCCACACCCAGAUGACAAGCAGAGGCAAAAGCUGAGCCUAGAUCUGGGGCUGAAACCACGCCAGGUCAAGUUUUGGUUUCAAAAUCGCCGAACCCAAAUGAAGGCACAACAAGACCGGGCUGAUAAUGCCAUGCUUAGAGCUGAAAAUGAUACCCUAAAGAAUGAGAAUUACAGGCUUCAAGCUGCACUGCGCAACAUUAUAUGCCCUAACUGUGGAGGCGCGGCUAUGAUUGGGGACAUUGCCUUGGAUGAACACCAACUUCGUCUCGAAAAUGCUAGACUCCGAGAAGAGUUGGAACGAGUUUGUUGCCUCUCCGGGUACCCUGGGGGCCGGCAAAUUCAAACCAUGGGACCAGCAGCCCCUCUAAUGGCGGCAUCUUUGGACUUGGACAUGAAUAUCUAUUCAAGGCAUUUACCAGACCCAAUGAUGAGUUCUUGUACUGAUCAUCAUAUGAUUCCCAUGAGUAUUUUGCCACCAGAGCCUUCUCACUUCCCUGAGGGAGGUCUGUUGUUAGAUGAUGAGAAGACGCUUGCAAUGAAGCUCGCUGCUUCAUCCCUCGAAGAACUUGUUAAGAUGUGCACUGCUAGUGAGCCUCUUUGGAUGAAAAACAGUGACAAUGGAAUGGAAAUGCUUAAUGCUGAAGAACGAGCUCGUAUGUUCCCAUGGCCUUUGAACUUCAAGCAGAACUCAAGUGAUUUAAGAACUGAAGCUACUCGUGAUACUGCUGUGGUCAUAAUGAAUAGCAUUAAUCUUGUGGAUGCCUUCCUUGAUGCUAAUAAGUGGACGGAAUUGUUUCCUUCUAUUGUUUCCAAAGCAAAAACAGUUCAAGUUAUCUCAGCAGAUCCUUCUGGUCAAGCAAAUGGUUCACUUCAGCUGAUGUAUGCGGAAUUGCAAGUUGUAUCUCCUCUGGUGCCAACUAGAGAAGCUCAUUUUCUGCGCUAUUGUCAACAAAAUGAAGAGGAGGGAAGUUGGGCAAUUGUCGAUUUCCCAAUUGAUAGUUUCCAUGGUAGCUUCCAACCUUCCUUUCCCAGGUACAAGAGAUGGCCUUCCGGCUGUCUCAUCCAAGAUAUGCCCAAUGGAUACUCAAGGGUUACCUGGGUAGAACAUGCAGAGGUAGAGGAGAAGCCUGUCCAUCAAAUAUUCAGUCACUAUGUUUACAGUGGGAUGGCUUUUGGGGCGCAUAGAUGGUUAGCUGUUUUACAGAGGCAAUGUGAAAGGGUUGCAAGUCUCAUGGCCCGAAAUAUAUCAGACCUCGGAGUGAUACCUUCUCCUGAGGCAAGAAGGAAUUUGAUGAGACUUGCCCAGAGAAUGAUAAGAACAUUCAGUGUGAACAUGAGCACAUCCGGUGGGCAGGCAUGGACGGCUCUAUCGGAUUCCCCAGAUGACACUAUUCGAAUAACCACAAGGAAAGUCUCAGAGGCUGGCCAACCCAAUGGAGUCAUUCUCAGUGCAGUUUCCACCACUUGGCUUCCUUAUUCUCACUACCGUGUCUUUGAGCUCUUAAGGGACGAACGUCGCAGAGCUCAGCUUGAUGUUCUUUCCAAUGGAACUUCCUUGCAAGAAGUGGCUCACAUUGCCAAUGGCUCUCAUCCUGGAAAUUGCAUUUCUGUUCUUCGCGUUAAUGUAGCUAGCAACUCAACGCAGAACAUAGAGCUGAUGCUACAAGAGAGUUGCACCGAUCCGUCAGGAAGCCUAGUUGUGUACGCAACCAUGGACGUGAACGACAUCCAAUUGGCAAUGAGCGGAGAGGAUCCAUCCUGCAUUCCCAUCCUUCCUCUAGGGUUUGCCAUUGUCCCAGUUGAGUCCACUACCGAGAGUACUACUACAACAUCCCCGUCAGCCCAAGACAGCCGCAACUCGGGUUGCCUUAUGACGGUGGGACUCCAAGUUGUUGCCAGCCCAAACCCUUCUGCAAAGCUCAACCUCUCCACCGUCACUGCCAUUAACAACCACCUGUGCAACUCGGUCCAGCAGAUCAUCUCAGCUCUCGGCAACACCACCACAACAACUACUGAUAAUGGCAACACUGUUGGUGGUGGUGGCUCUUGCUCCGAGCCAACUGCUGCGAGCUCCAAGUAGUAAUUUCCGAUUUAGGGUUUGCAGUUGGGGAACAGUUUUUUGUUUUCAAAUGGUAGUUUCUGUGGGAAUGGGAAGAAAGGUGGUGAGGCCUUUUAGUAAAUAAGAGAAAUCAAGAUGGUUUAGCUAUUGGGAAUGGUGGUAGUUGUUAGGUAGGUGAGGAAGACUGUGCAUCAUUACUGCUGCUUUAUGUGUGUGGUUGAUUGAAUAGAAGGAGUCAAGAGCGCACCAUAAGAGAACCCUUGGUUUCUGGUCAGGUUCUGGAAAGCUUUUGUAUUAAAGACGAUGGACCUUACCAGUCAGCAAGGGUGGUGGUUCGGGUAUUGACUUCUCCUUGUCUCUGUUUUUUAUUUGGCUUUUGUAUUUAUGAUAAAGAUCGAAUUCAAUGCUUCUGCAAUUUAUGUUGGUCAUCUACAAGAUUUGCCAUCA